UUUUUUUUUGGAUUAUGUUUAUUAAAAAUAAAAAGGGAGUUUAUCUCCUAACUUAGAGGACAGUUUUCAAAACGAGAGUUUUGGGAGAGCUCGCGUGUAUCUACUCGAAAGUAAUAAUAUCAUUCGAAAAUGAAGAUAGGACAGCCAUGGCCACUCCAAUCUCAACACUCUCCUUUGCUUCCCCUUUUUUGCCGCUCAGGAUUGAGGCGAAUCCCAGAAUUUCUCCUGCCUUGAACUUCCGUCCCCCGUUUCAGGUGGUCGCUAGAAAACAGAGAAAUGGUGAAGUUAGUGGUCGGCGAGUGUGGCGACGAAGAAAAUUGACAAAGAAGGAUGACAUGUCGAUCUACAAAAUGGAUCGAAUCCCAUUCCUUGAAGAACAGGUAAGGAGGGUAAAGGAACAGGGAAAGCUCAUCACAAUGGACAUUGAAAGACUAUUAUUAUCAGAGGACAACCGCUUUGAUUUUGUGAAUGAGGUUGCAGCUGAGGCUAAGGAAUAUGUCGAGAGCAACCGCGAUGAAUAUGGGGGUUCCAAGAAAGCCAUUCUUCAUGUUCUCAGCAACCGUGUGAACGAUGCAGGGUUUUAUAGGCCAGAUGCUUAUGCUGAAGAUGACCCAUUUAAACCGGGACCUCAUUAUCUGAAACAAGAAUUUACUUGAACAAUUUGAUUACAAAAUCCAUUUUCUUAUACAGACUGUCAAUGCAUUAAUCUGAUUUUUCCAGUCUUUAAAUGUUA